AUGGCCGCUCCCCUCAUCACCUGUCUCUGGUUCUCCAACCAAGCCCAGGAAGUCGCGGAAUACUACGUCUCCAUCUUCGCCCCCGACUCUGCCAUCACCAGCACCAAGCACCACACGGCCGGCGGCCAGGCCACGCACAAACAGCCCGCCGGCUCCGUGCUCCUCGUCGAGUUUACGCUGCGCGGGCAGAAGUUCGUGGCCCUCAACGGCGGCGACCCGCAGGACACCUGGACCUUCACCCCGCGCCUCUCGCUCCAGGUCGACUGCGCGGACCAGGCCGAGGUGGACCGCUUCUGGGCGGCGCUCGGCGCCGGGGGAGACGAGUCGGCGCAGCGCUGCGGCUGGCUAGCUGACAAGUACGGCGUCUCCUGGCAGGUGGUGCCCGCGGCCAUGAAGACGUUCCUGGCCGCCGAGGACAGGGAGGCGGCGGAUCGGGCCAUGGUGGCCAUGAUGGGCAUGAAGAAGCUGGAUGUUGCGGCGCUGCAAAAGGCGUUUGACAAUGCGUGA